GCGGGCGGGGCGUGGCGUGGCGGUGAGUCCUGGGUCCGCAGCUUCGCCGUUCCGGACGCCUGCGCCCUCAGGGGCCUGCCCUCCCGCCCCUCUGGCCGCUCCCCUCCUCAGCCCUGCUCGCUGUCCAUCCCCUUCCCCUUCCCCACUGUCGUCGGUUCCCGGGACCCAGCUGCACACGUCCCGGUCGGCCUGGGCGAGCACCUCCGGCCCAGCCUGCCGCCCGUGCCUCCCCAGCGCGGCCGCCGCAGAUGAGGGAGGCCCCGAGCUGAGAGUCUGAGGCAUGGCCGCUCCCUGGAGGUGCGCCCUGUGGGUGCUCCUGGCGUCCCGGGUGCUGACCCUGGUAGAAGGCCUGGAAGAGGACGACGUCCCGCACGAGUGGCUCCUUCUGCACGUGGUCCAGGGCCAGAUCGGAGCCGGGAAUUACAGCUACUUGCGGUUGAACCACGAGGGUAAAAUCAUUCUCCGGAUGCAGAGCCUCAGGGGGGAUGCGGACCUGUACGUGUCCGACAGCACUCUGCACCCGAGCUUCGACGAGUACGAGCUGCAGUCGGCCACCUGCGGCCAGGACGUGGUCUCUAUACCCGCGCACUUCCAGCGCCCGGUGGGGAUAGGAAUUUACGGACACCCGUCACACCAUGAAAGCGACUUUGAGAUGAGGGUGUACUCUGACAGAACUGUGGACCAGUACCCAUUCGGAGAGGCUGCCUAUCCUGCUGACCCCACAGGAGCCAGUCAGAACCAAGCUUAUGCGCCAGAGGAGGCAGCCCAAGAAGAGGAGUCGGUCCUCUGGACGAUAUUGAUUAGCAUUUUGAAACUGGUGCUUGAAAUUCUCUUCUGAAUCCUUAUCUGCACGGAGCGACUAGUUUGCUGUGGACCUUGCUACUUGACCUGGUGAAAUUCUGGUUACUUUUUUUCUAGACUAGGAUGGAAAAAUAAAGCCAUACAGUUUUGUUACCUCAGUUUACUCCCCACGCAGGAAAAGCAGCAAGCACAAUUAUUUUAGAGAUUAAAAUUCCCAUAAAAAGGAGUCUGCUCAAUAAAAUGUUUAAAUACAUUUUGGUUAGUCAGGUGAGUAAGAAGAUUAUUGCAGUAACAGGCUGUAUAACUCAGAUAAAGGCUGGUGACUGUAGAAUGUAUUCUGUAGACAUACUAAAUGGAGUACGGCACUUGCAGUUUUAAAGAGGUUCUAAAGCCAGGUCGGAAAAGCUUCCCAGAGCCACUGUGCACAGUAGGGAUUGUGGAACCUGAUACUCUCCUGGCAGGCAAGCAUUUACACAUUGUUGCUGUGCCAGCUGGUGACUAUUCCAAAUCCAGUUGUACCAGAUGGUUGGGCCCUCUGUCCUUUCCUCUGUUGGCCAGAUUGGAGUGCUCUGGUUAUUAAGUAACUGAUACUACCUAAGCAGGUCAAGACAGUCUCAAAAGACUGUAACUUUUCAGACUCAAGAAGAAAUAUUUCAAAUUAAGUUGCUACCUCUUUCUGCUGAUCUCUGGAAAAAGACAGCACUAAGAGAUUAAAAUCUGGGAAAUGAGACAUUUCUCUCUGACUUUUUCUUUCAAGGGUAUGAGUUGCUACUAAUGAAAUAAAUCAACUUGAAGAUGUUUAAGGUCAUAGUUAAUUUCAAAAAAGGUUCUUUAUUGGCAUAAAAAUGAAAGUGUAAAUAAAAUGGCACCAGAUAUCCCAAACUGAGGGUCAGGUCAAAAACCUAUUUUAUCCCUCUUUGCUGUUUUUUCCCCUUCUGCCCACUUUCCUGGGUGUUGGGGGAGCUCGCUGACAACAGUCACAAAUCCAGCGACCUAGGAGAAAAAUUGUUAGUUAAUAUGGAGUGGAAUUUUAUUUUUAUAGGACUGAGUACAAACCACCUAAACUCAUUCCUGAGCUGUCCAUAGUGAUAACUCUCUGGGAUUUUUUUCAGUGGGGAGGGAAGUACUGAGCUCCUUAAGCCAAGGGAGAAAAUGUAAACAACCCUUAAUCAGUGUAACCAAUACAAUUCGGAAUUCAAUGCACAGACAAGAUGGGGAAAGGGCACAAAACAAUCAUUUGUACCUUAAAAAAAUAUGUAAUCCUAAAAUUCAAAUACCAUCAUGCUUUUAAAACCUCAACAACACAAUCCUAAUGUAGAACUUGUUAAUGGAUCUGGCUUUGUGUGGCCUGUUCCACUGUUCUGACACUAGCACCUGCACCACACACUUGAGCUGAAUUACUGCAGAACCUGAGUGAUUAUUCACAUCCUUACGGAGGGAUUCCAGGAAACUGAGUUUUAUAGAGAACUAUACAGUGUUAACUAUGCAACUUAAGUCCUUAAAAUUGCACAAUUACCUGUAUAAUGUUUCAAUAGGAUUACUGUGAUUUACUAUUUGAUUCUGUGUCCAUCCUAAAGUUUUCUGGAAUUGUCAUGCUGCCUCACUUUAUAGGAAGAUGUCUUAGUAUAUAUAUAAAGGCAUAGCAGUCACUUUGUUAAGUUUCUAAAUAGACGAACUUAAAAAUAAAAUGAAAGCAUUGAAACAAA